AUGCGCUGCUGUGCAUGUCUUGGGUUGUUUCUCUUCUGUCUGUUUCUACUCUCCACCUACUCACAUGCCAGGGUUAUCAUGGACUCUUCAAUGCCGGUGAAGCGCCGUAUGGUAAUACGUGUUCCGUUCAUGCAAAAUCCGGAUUCCGAGCAGCUCAACCGCAUUUUCCACACAUCAUUCACUGAUCAAAAACGAAAGAAACAGCAUAACGACAAUUCCAUCGAUUUCAGGCAUGGACUCCCUGUUUCUGCUGAGCCAGGACUGACUCAUGACAUCCUUGUAUCCCGCACUUCGGUCCGGCCAAAAGCCUACAAUCAAGUGACUGGGAGGUACAAGGGAGGUGGUUUGGAGUCGCCUCCAACAAAUAAGCUCCACAUGUCCACUCCGGGAGAACAGAAGUUCUCCCAAAAACUCAUGGGACUAGAGGCUUGCAACCUGCCCAUGGGUUUUAAAAUUCUUUUGCAUGUCACAGCAAUAGAAAAGAGUCUCCUGAUUCCGGAGGAAAGCCUGGUAAGGUAG